AUGGCCCCCCCAGACAGCGACAAGCCCGCGUCGGCCGACAAGGGCAAGGGAAAGGCUGCGGAAAGCUCCAAGGAGGAGAAGCCUGCCGUCAACGGGAAGAAGGAUGGGGGCGACAAGAAAGACGCUGCCGAGGAGGAGCUCAGCGAGGAGGACCAGCAGCUCAAGAACGAGCUGGAUAUGAUGGUCGAGCGCUUGACGGAGUCGGACAGCUCGCUCUACAAGCCUGCCAUAGAAGGCAUGAAGACGGCAAUCAAGACGUCAACGUCAUCUAUGACUGCAGUCCCCAAGCCCCUCAAGUUUCUGCGACCGCACUACGAGACAUUGACGAAGCUGUACGAAGAGUGGCCCAAGGGCGAGGACCAGACUUCCCUUGCCGAUGUCCUAUCCGUCAUCGGCAUGACCUUCUCGGACGAGGAUAAGCAGGACACGCUGAAAUACCGGCUGCUCGCGCCCUCAUCUGACAUUGCUUCGUGGGGUCACGAAUACGUCAGGCACCUGGCGCUCGAGAUCGGAGAGGUUCAUGCAAAGAGGGUCGCAGAGGACCAGCCCGUAAAGGACCUGAUCGAUCUCGCCCUCGUGCUGGUUCCUCUCUUUAUCAAGAGUAACGCUGAGGCCGACGCCGUCGACCUGAUGAGCGAGCUCGAGAUCAUUGAGGAGAUGCCUAAGUUCGUCGACGAGAACACGUAUGCUAGGGUAUGCCUGUACAUGGCUAGUAUGGUUAAUCUUCUGACCUACCCCGAUAACGAUACUUUCCUGCGUACUGCCCACGCCAUCUACAUGCAGCACAAGCAGUAUACCCAGGCCAUGGUCCUCGCCAUCCGCCUGCACGACGUCGACCUCAUCAAGUCGGACUACGCCCAGACCGAGGACCACUCCCUGAAGAAGCAGCUGGGGUUCCUCAUCGCUCGCCAGAAGAUCGCCAUCGACCUGGACGAGGAUGAUGAGUUGGAGCAGGAUAACGAGGACAUCGAGUGCCUGAGCAACCAGCGCCUGUCGGAGCACUUCAAGUCCCUGGGCAGGGAGCUUAACAUUCUCGACCCCAAGACCACCGAAGACAUCUACAAGAGUCAUCUGGAGAGUAGCCGAGUCGCGGGCAUGACCAACCUGGACUCUGCCAGGCACAACCUGGCCGCUGCAUUUGUCAACGCAUUUGUUAACGCCGGCUUCGGAAACGACAAGAUGAUGCUCGUGGACGGAGAGAAGGAGUCGUGGGUCUGGAAGACCAAGUCGGAUGGCAUGCUGUCGACCGCUGCCUCAAUGGGUACACUCAUGAUGUGGGACAUUGAGAACGGCCUCGACAAGAUUGACAAGUACACGUAUGCCAACGAGCCCGAGAUCCAGGCCGGAGCCAUGCUCGCCAUCGGAAUCAUGAACUCUGGUGUGCGCAUAGACUCAGAGCCGGCCCUGGCCCUGCUGGGAGACUCCAACAAGCUGAACAGCGAGUCACCCCUCAUCUCGACAGCCUCCAUCAUGGGCCUGGGUCUGUCGUAUGCCGGUUCCAACAAGGAGGACGUCCUUGAGCUUCUGCUCCCGCUCAUCUCGGAUUCGAGCCAGAGCAUGCAGAUCUCCGCCAUGGCGGCGCUAUCGUGCGGUCUCAUCUUUGUCGGCUCGUCGCACGCCGAGGUCAGCGAGGCGAUUGUGACGACGCUCAUGGACGAUGACCGCAAGAACCAGCUGACGGACAAGUGGACUCGAUUCCUGGCCCUGGGCCUGGGACUGCUCUUCUUCGGGCGCCAGGAGGAGGUCGAUGUUAUCCUGGAGACGCUCAAGGCCAUCGAACACCCCAUGUCUAAAUCGACUGCGGUGCUUGCCGAGAUCUGUGCGUGGGCGGGAACGGGAACUGUGCUCAAGAUCCAGGAGCUCCUGCACAUCUGCACGGAACACAAGGAGGAGUCGGACGACAAGAAGGGUGACGAGCUGAUGCAGGCGUAUGCCGUCAUCGGCAUCGCACUGGUGGCGAUGGGCGAAGACAUCGGACAGGAGAUGGUCCUUCGACAGUUUGGACACUUGAUGCACUACGGCGAGCCCAACAUCCGCAAGGCCGUGCCCCUGGCCAUGGGCCUGGUGAGCCCGAGUAACCCCCAGAUGAAGGUAUACGACACGCUGUCCCGGUACUCUCACGACAAUGACCCAGAGGUCGCCAUCAACGCCAUAUUCGCCAUGGGCAUGCUGGGUGCUGGCACCAACAACGCCAGGUUAGCACAGCUGCUCCGCCAGCUGGCCAGCUACUACCAUCGCGACCAGGACGCCCUCUUCAUGGUGCGCAUCGCUCAGGGCCUCCUGCACAUGGGCAAGGGCACCAUGACGCUCAACCCCUUUCACACUGACCGACAGGUCCUGUCUCGCGUCUCGGCGGCUGGACUCCUCGCCACCGUUGUGGCCCUCAUCGACGCCAAGGAUUUCGUCACCUCAGACUCGCACUACCUCCUGUACUACCUCGUCACCGCCAUGCACCCUCGCUUCCUCGUCACCCUCGACGAGAAGCUCCAGCCCAUCAAGGUCAACGUCCGCAUCGGACAGGCCGUCGAUGUCGUCGGACAGGCCGGCCGUCCCAAGACGAUCACGGGUUGGCAGACGCAGAGCACCCCUGUACUCCUGGGGUAUGGCGAGCGUGCCGAGCUCGAGGAUGAAGAGUACCUCAGCCUCAACAGUACAUUGGAGGGUCUGGUGAUUUUGCGCAAGAAUCCGGAAUGGGAGGAGGAGAAAUAA